AUGGAAGCAUACAGAAAGGAGCAGCGGGCUGCCGAGCUCAAGAAACAGAAUCGACAGAAACGGCAACAGAAAGAAUCGCGAUUGGAAGGACUCGAUCCCUUGCGUCUUCACUGGCGGCUGACGCAGUUGCAGCAAAAAUACCAAAACACGGGGUUCAAAAAGGUGUUCAUUCCUCACCAUGAACAGAAGCAGAUUGCCAGACUGGAACAGGACUUGGCUGACCUCAAAAGAUCAAAGGGCAUUUCGGAGGAGGAUUGGAAGGGCAUGUUGGACCAGCAAAAGAAGCGGGAGACGCGAUUCAAGAGAUUCAAACUGGGACUAGGGGAGGUGACGGACUACAACUCUCCUCCACAAGGUCAACAGAGGGAAAGUGUGUUUUGGGAUCCGGUAUUCAAUCAUCGAGGAGUUUCGCCCAGAGGCUUUCCUUAUUUGAGUAAGUCUGUGUUGCGUAAACGUGUGGACAAGGAGGACAGAGAUGACGUUGAGUUUUCGUCUGAUGAGGAGGUGGUGGAUAUCCCCUUGCCAUCAGAUGUUCCUCAGUGGAAGAAGGAGAGGGAGGAGGCUAAGGAAGAGGGCGAUUCAGCGGUCAAGGAUGGCACACGUGACCAACCACGUGACCGUGUCACUCGUGCAGAGGCUCCGAAGAUUGAGGCCAAGGAUGUCUAUGAAUCUGGACCUCAGGUUCGCAAUCUGGCUGCAGAGGCGGCUAGGUUUGUGCCUCGGCAGGUGCAGUUGAAGCAGAAGCGCGCGGCUGAGGCUAAAUCUGUGGCUGACGGGAAGGAGGUGGAGGAGAAGGCGGAGGUGGAGGAGAGCGUGAGGCCGUCUUCUCAUCCUAUGAUGGAAGAGGUUGAGGAGGAUAAUGCAACCAGUAUUCAUGUUGAGAGAGUGUCAGCUCAACAAGAAAAUCAGGCUGUAUCGGUUGAUGAGUGUGGACCUGAAACUGUCAAGAUUGAUGAGCCCAUUGAGACUGUGUCGGAAGAGGUUCUACCCACGGGAGAUGUCGAGAUUGAAGCUCAACCUCAACCUCCAGCUGUCGAAGAUGAGCCUGUCCCAGCUGCUGAGCCCGUGACAGGACACAAACUUCUCAUCGGAAACAACUUGGAGACUGCAGCUUCUGAAUCAGAGGAGGAAGACGACGACGACGACGACGACGCUCUUUACUAG